AAUUUAUUGCUGCUAAAGGUGCCUCUACAAGACUGAUGAUGAUUUUUCUAUUACAAGCAAAAGCAAUACAAAGGGACAGAAUGGGACACCUAAUGUGCUGAUUACCCCUUUAGUUUUUUUCCUCUUACGUGAAAAGUACUGCGUCAAACAAAGUUGGUCCGCUAGCGUCCAAACAUAAAGAGGCUGAAGGUGGCGUGAAGAAGCGCUUUGAACAUAUCUGGAGAGAAGUUUGGUCGUCUCUAUGAGCCGCCUUCAGCUGGAAAUUACGGGUGGGCCUUGAAGGCAGCAUUAAUCCUCGCACCUUUUCAUCACAGAGGUGAUUCAUUUGUUUGAGUCGCCGCCGCUGGGGUGGCAUUGGAGCUUUCUCUGAGCUCGGGGCAGAGGAUAACUGCGUGUUUUUACUGCGUGGAGACAGUUUCUGUCCGCUCCUUUUACAUUUCCCUGCAUGGGAGACAUCCCAGCUUCAAAAAUGAGCAGUUUGAACGCGUACAAAGAACCAUUUGACAGAAGCAGCUCUGAACCUGUGGAGGACACAGACACCACCAGCUUUGUGGCAGAAUUUUCCUUGGAGGCCAAUUAUCCCGUGCAAGUAACAGAUCCCCACGCAGACGCUGUGACACUGCACCUAAGUUCGAUGCCCUCGAGAUACCUGAGUCCGUCCUCAGAAGACAGAAUAAGACAGCCAGUUGAAGAUGUGGAAGAAUGCACUUGCCCCACUUCUUCUUCACCAGACUAUCCCAAAGAACUACAGUUUAUAACCAACCCCUGCGAGAAGUGCUUCUGCCCGGCACCCCCUCCCAAAAUCAGCGACCUCAUGAACGACAAAGAUCUGCUGGACUUGCUGCGGCUCAAAUUGGAUCCAAACCACUGCACCAUCAAAAACUGGAAAAACUUUGCAAGUCGUUGGGGGAUGAGCUAUGACGAACUGACCCUGCUGGAGCAUCGGACCCAGGGCUCCUUGUCCCACAGCCCCACUCAGGAGUUCCUGUUACGCUACAACCAGAAGACGGUCACUGAGCUCACUGAACUUUGCCGCAUCUAUCAGCGCAUUGAUGUGCUGCGACUGCUGCAGAGCUGGAUAGAGAAGGAUUGGCCAUCGCGCUGGCAACACACACAUUAAUCAAUUUGACUCUUAAUCUUUCAGGGUUGUACUUGAUUUCCUAAUUUUCAUAAGCUUUGAUACAUGCUACCAGUUUUUUUGUAUCUUUAGUAAAUGACCUUGUGAAAUGGAUAAGACAAUGCUGUAGAAACUGUAGGGAACAUUGCACAGUACUGACCUCAUGCUGUUCUGGAUAUAGUGAAUACAAUAGAAAGUCACAGAUCUGAUCAGUGCAUGCAGAUCACCGAUAUAUUUCUUACGAUGAAAGUUGUGUGACCUGACAACAGCACACUCGGAGCAGUGUUAAAAAUUCGCAUUAACUAAAUCAGAUGCAGUUGGAUUAUUCAAAUUCAAGCGAUGAUGUUGAUGUCACUGCUGCAAAAUUUCAUUUUCUUACUUUCUGUCAGUUUUUCAAAGGCUGUUUAGAUAUUUGCUAAAACCUGGGCAGAGGCAGAAACAUGUCACUGUGCAACUCAACAACAAGAACACAAGUUAAAGGACAAAACACGGAGUUGGACACUGAAAUAGCUUCACCGUAACUGGACCGUUUUAUACAUAGUGAUUCACUGACUUGUUCACAGGGACACAGCGGUCCCCAGCCUUUGUUUGCUCCACUGACCGGUUUAAGGUCAGACAAUAUUUUCACGGACCGGCCUUCAAGGUGUGGCAGAUAAAUACAACAAAAUAAAUGAUACGACCGAGACAAAAGCUGUGGGAUUUUGUAAAUAUAACAAUAAACGCAAAUUCACUGUGUAACUUCA